AAAAAAAAAAAUAAUUCUAGAAGCUUCCGGAACGGCCGCUGUCUCGACGGAAGUGACGGCUUACUCUCCAUCGUGGAGGCGGGACCGCUUUCUGCAUGUGACGCACUUCCUGUUUGCGGCCUGGAAGGUAAGGAGGCCGUUGCUGCCGUCGCCGACUAGACAGCGGGAAGGAAGCUGCCCCGUGAGAGGAGAAAAGAACUUUGGUAACAAAGAAUCUAAAACAUGGUGGAUUAUUAUGAAGUUCUAGGAGUGCAUAGGCACGCUUCACAAGAAGACAUCAAAAAAGCGUACCGUAAACUAGCAUUAAAGUGGCACCCUGAUAAAAAUCCAGAUAACAAAGAAGAAGCAGAGAGGCAGUUUAAACAACUAGCUGAGGCAUAUGAGGUCCUGUCAGAUGCUAAAAAACGUGACAUCUAUGACAGAUAUGGAAAAGAAGGCUUAAAUGGAGGAGGUGGAAGCCAUUUUGACAGUCCAUUUGAAUAUGGUUUUACAUUCCGGAACCCAGAGGACGUCUUCAGGGAGUUUUUCGGUGGAAGGGACCCAUUUUCAUUUGACUUCUUUGAAGACCCUUUUGAUGACUUUUUUGGUAACAGACGAGGGACACGUGGCACCAGAAACCGAGGUGGUGGAUCCUUCUUCUCUGCCUUCGGUGGAUUCCCUGCCUUUGGGAGUGGGUUUUCUUCAUUUGAUACAGGUUUUACUUCGUUUGGUUCUUUGGGACAUGGGGGCCUUACUUCAUUCUCCUCAACAUCAUUUGGUGGCAGCGGGAUGGGUAACUUCAAAUCAGUAUCGACUUCAACUAAAAUAGUGAAUGGCAGAAAAAUUACUACAAAGAGAAUUGUUGAGAACGGACAAGAGAGAGUAGAAGUUGAAGAAGAUGGGCAGUUAAAGUCUUUAACAAUAAAUGGUGUAGCUGACGAAGAGGCCCUGGCAGAGGAAUGCAGACGCCGCGGACAAAAUGCCUUGCCUUUCCAGCCAACUACUGUCCGGUCUCCAAAGUCCCUCAAGCCAACCACCUACUCCAAGCAUGUCUUUCACAUUAAUAGCGAUGAGGAUGAUGACUUGGUCAUGACCGGAUGGGAAUCCCCCUUUUAUUCAUCAGGACACAAAGAAGUCAGCAAGAGGAAGAAGCAGAAGCUGAGGGAGGAGCAGAAGAAGAAGAAGUCGGCCAAGGCACCUUACUAAAAUGGACUGCGAUGCCCUCAAACAUCGAACCCCCUGCUCUCCUCCUAUUUAACACUACCCCAACCUACCCCCUCCCCGAUUCCUGGUGCAUACCUUUCUCAAUGUUAUAUUCACUUAGCGAGGGAGAUGGUAGUGACUCUUGUUUCAAAGUAUGCUAAAGUUGCACUAUCCUGCUUCAUUGCCACACAUUUGCUUCUGUAAGACUGCUCAGUUUAUUGGUGCUCCGCUGUGAAGUCUCUCCCACUGAAACGGGUGGGUCUUGCUUCUCAAGUAGCAUGUUUAGGGUCAGAAUUAUCAGACGCACCAACAUGAAGCAAUCCUGGCUAGAAAUGUAUUGUAAUUUGAAAUUUGGAGAAUGCAAUGUUGUAGAUGCCUUUGACCGCUUUCUUUUCCUGGGGCUAAAUCCACCAUAGCUGAGUGCAUUUUUCCUCAGGUUUGUGUAAGGGAUGGCUUGGAUCCUGUAGGUCCCUUCUGUUCCACAGACAGUGGACUUUUCUUCCAGAGUAAGGAACCUUUUGUUCAGAGGGAGGUUUCCUGGCAGAACAGAUCAACGGGAUCCAACCCCAUCCCUUUGUUUUAGAAAUGGCCACUUGGAUCAGGCACUUUUAUUUUUUUUUAGAGUAUAAUGUAUUUCUCAUCUAAGUUUCCCACUCAUAACGGCAGGGUAGAGUUUUAAACCAAAUUCAGAUGCAAUGGUUGAGUGACACGAUCAGCUUUUUUUGCAUUAUUUAGGUAUGCAUUGCAUCAUGCAGACGUGAUCUGAGAGUCAGUUCCCAGUGAGCCACUUGUGGGAUUCUUCUUUAUGGCUUCCUCAUAGUUCCCCGAAAAUAUCAACUCCAGUACACCGUCUGCCCUUUCACAUAGAGCCAUAUCUCCAUUGAUUAGUCAUCACCAAUCAUGAAGACCCAGUAAAUUCACACCCAGAUCAAGAAGAAAGACUACAAAGCUAAAAGGGCUUCCUUUGCCCAGCCACCCUUCCAUUGUUCUUAGGCUGACUCGGAUGGAGGGACUGCCUUGGCCACAGAAGCCUUGGGUCACCAGCUGGAGGCCUCGUUUUGCUUGGUCUAGUCUCCAGUAAUUCAUGCAUCGUGUAUCCACUGAUUCAGAUUUGGGCUGAAUUGGGGAGUGAGAGUGUGCAAAUGCUUGCCUGGGAAAUUUAAAUGUUUGACUAUAGCUUCAUUCCUCCAUAUACAUGUUUUAAUCUGCAUGCUCCAUAACUUCCAUUAACCUCAUAACUGAGUACUAAGUUGCAUCCCCUCCCCCCAUUGCCUUCCAAGCAUGGUUAUUGUAAGUACGCUGCCUUCUUGCUGCUUAAUCCAUGAGCUGAAAUUGUCAGCAGCUUUGGUUUCCAGUGUUGGUUCCUACCUCCCACCUCCCUCUUUGCUAGUAAUGUGACCCUUAUUCUCCUUGGCACUGUUGGAAACCCACAUUUCCUGGAGAAAUUGUUCAUUAGUCCCCUAAUAACAUUGCAUAGGUAAGGAAGAUGGUGACACAAGAGGAUUUGGGGUACUUAUUCGGAUUUAGCUUCAGUGCUUGUAUUAUGGAAAUGUAAUCUUAUGCAAAUUUGUUGAGGUAUUUAAAAUUCUGAAACAAGGUACAGUAUCUUUUUUUUGUUACAUAAAUACCACUGAAUUGUGUCGUGCAGUGUUACUAAUAUUUAAAUAAAGUCUGUUCCCCUA